AUGAGCUCCGCCAACGGCAAAUCAAGCAGACCAACCAUCGGUGGCAUCGCUCCAAACAGCCACUCUUUAUUACUCGACAAGCUCAACGUGCGGAGGUCUACACCAGACUCAGAGGCCAUGGCAAGCUCCGACGAUGAGGUCGACCCGCUACGGCAGGUCGCACCGCACCCACCAGCACAGCACAAGCCUGUCCGUCGCGCAUCUUGGCUGAACGACACAUCCCAAGCCCCCUUGGCACACCCAAGAAAGAGCUCAUUCGCCAGUAGCUCAAUGUCUCCCACGACCUCCCAUCCUAGUACACCCUCGGCUGAGCUCGGUGCUGCACCAUGGGGGGCACACUCUGGCACCCCAGCUUCGGUAGGCCGUGGCCCACAGAACACGACCUUUUCAUGGGGUACCGGCAUUUGGAACACUGAGCGCAAAGAACCACCAUCAAGGUUAACUGAAGUUCUGCCUUCCCCUACCUCGACAGGCCCUGGGGGGUCGAGCUUUUUUGGGAGUGAAGGGGGAUUCCCCCAAGCGUCACCAAACGCCCGUGAGCCAGGAUCCAAUGCACAAAUACCAUUCGCGAUUCCGCUGCACCCUACGCCAAAGACAUAUCGGUCUCAAUCGUACUCCGUAGGCCAGCUGGAUCCCGACUCCCCAGGCGCAGCCGUCCCUUCGGUCUCGGUCAUGGGGAAUAGGGCCCGACCACUGGGCAAGUCUGCAUUGAACCAUCGACCAUCACGGCCGAGCAUGCUGAGUGAGAUGUCAAGCGAUGGUGCCAUGCUCGGCAAAGUCAAAGAAGUGGAGGACGAUGAUGAUGACGGAAGCUCUCGAAGCUCUGGCCUUGGUGCUCGCCAGCAGGAACUGGAAGCCCAGAAGACGAUCGAAGCACUUGAGCGCGAGAAUGCUAUACUCCGCCAGCAACAGUACCAAAGCCAGCUCCGCCCACGAGCGUCGACUGGGAACGCCUUCGCGCUCGGCAACGGUUAUAGCCUCCACGAGGCUGUCCCUGAAGAAUCUGACUACGCGGUCGACGAGAUUGAUGACCUCAACGACAAUAUUGAUCCUGCCAGCAAACGCGGCAUGGGCAGACGCAUGAGCGAAUAUGCAGCAGGCGGUCAUCGCUACCCUGUGGAGAACCGCAAGCUGGAGAAUGUGAAGCGCGCGUACUGGACAAGUUCCCUCGGGUUCGGCGGACAUUCCGACAUGCCGCAGAGUCGUAGACAUUCCUUUGCAGACGUGCCCGCGCGGCAAGGUUCAAUCAGCUCUAUCACAGAGCCAUCAGGUUUACGAGAAGUCACUUCUCCCGAUGCUGGUCAACACCAACAGGACUUUGGCGCGUAUCAACUCAAUCCCAAUUUCGCAGCUGCGAGUCCAGUCGGCUUCUAUUCUGGCGGCCUAGGUCUAUCGUCCUCGCAGCAGCCUGCUGUGUCGCCAGCGUACGGGCAUCCAUACCAACCAGGAUUUGGCGUGCCCCAAGUCUAUGGCAAUCGCCCGCCUUCUCCUCACAGACGCGCAUACGGCAUGCCUCAGCCGAGACACAAUCAGUCACUCCACAUCGUACUCUUCAAGUGUUCACGUGCAGAUGUCUUCUAUAUCCAGGAAGGCACCGGCCUCACUGUCAAGCCUGGUGACUUGGUCAUUGUGGAGGCCGACCGAGGCACUGACUUGGGCACAGUCGCACGGCACAACGUGGAUUGGCAGACUGCCAAGGAUCUCAAGGAGCAUUAUGCUGAGGAGCAUUACAAAUGGCUCAUCAUGUUCUCCCAGAAUGCUGCUGCCGCCCAGGAGGGGUCUGGCGCUGGUCUUAUGGCCGCUUCGAAUGGACUACAAGGAGGCGCCAUUGGUGGCAUGGGCCCUUCCGGCCAGCAUCGCAUGCAGGAGCCCAACGCCGGAGAGCUGAAGCCAAAGCUGAUCAAGCGCCUGGCCCAGAGCCACGAGAUCAACAACUUGCAAGACAAAGAGGGCAAUGAAGCGAAAGCCAAACGCGUCUGCAUGCAAAAGGUCAAGGAACAUGGUCUCAAUAUGGAAAUCCUUGACGCAGAGUUUCAAAUGGACUGGAAAAAGCUGACGUUCUACUACUUUGCCGACGCGUACAUCAACUUCAAUGCUCUCGUUACCGACUUGUUCAAAAUUUACAAGACGAGGAUCUGGAUGUCUGCCAUCAACCCAGCCUCAUUUGCCAGCCCGACCCUUGGCUUGCAGGCUCCCAGCGGUGUUGGCAUCGGCUCUGCAGGAGGUCGUGGAGGCGGAAACACAAACAAUGAACAGCGCCCCUCAGCGGCUCGUCAGGAAGGGCCAGCUACAUUUGCCACUAGCAACCCACCGGGUCGCGUGAUGCAACCUACAUUCAGCCAGCCUUUUGGGGUCGUUGACCGCCAAGCUGCUCCAACAACUGCGUAUCCCCCUUCUGGCUACGGCUACUCGGCUUACGGCUCAUUUGCCGCCGGCCCGCGGUCCGGUGGUUAUGUUCCCGGUCUGAUGCAGACCAUGGACCCUUUUGGCGGCGGACUCCCUUCCAACGAUUAUGCUGCUGAACUUCGAGCACGAUUCCCCAGCCCUCACGGAGGACCUAGUUCGCACGAACAAAGCUCCUCGAGUAUGGUUGAUCACCCCGAAUGGGUCAACUCCUUCCAGGGUCUGUCCCUCAACUCUCGCUGA